UGUAAUUAAUGCAAACCUCAAGAACAACGCGCGCGCCACGAAAUGUUGUCGUUCCGCAUGUGUCCAAUCAGAUUCCAAACGCACAGCGCAUGCGCCGUGUGCGCAGAUUCAAACAAAAUCGGAAAGUGGGCCAAAGGGAGGAUAUAGAAUGGCUAUAGAAAAGAGGCCUCAAGGACACACAUUCAGCCUGUCACAAAUCCUCCUCAUCUAUAGAGGUGGGUGUUGGUAAAACAGCUCCAACUGGAGUAAGUCGCGAUGACUAUGCGAUCCACUGUGUUCACGAGAGGAGGACACAGACUGGACACAAGCCUUUGCAAGAAGCCAGCUGGAGCCCAUGAAUCCCCGGCCAGCCUAGAGAAGAAAAGCCGUGACUUUGCCACCCAUGUGCUGAGCACGAUCCACAACAGUGUAAAUCAAAAACAUCACCUGCACAGCAAAGCAAACAUCAGCCGUCAGAACGUGUUGAUCUGCCCUGACCAAUCUCCAGCAGGGAACCUCGGGCAGGAGGAGAACUGGGAGACGCUGGGGGCCUUGACACUCCCGUCAACCAAGCAGAUGGGGGCCGAAGGUUCCCCGGUCAAGAGCAAAUCACUGUUUUGUCAGGCCAAUCAUAACCACGUGGUGAAGAUGGAUCCCAUGGUAUCAAACGGCAGCAGUCAGCGGAGAGUGGGGGCGGUCGUGGGGGUCUCCUCGCCGGAGAACAGUCCUGAUGGGAAGCGUCGGAAUGUGAGGAAAGGCUCCGGCCCCGUGGACACACAGACCAGCUGCAUCCGACAGAUCCUGCUGCUGCAACUGGAGCUGAUUGAACAGCAACAGAAGCAACUGCACAACAAGAACAAAGAGAUCGAUGACCUCAAAGCUGAAAAAGAGAUGCUAAUGGCACGAAUUGAACGCAUGGAGCGUCGGCUGCAGAUGGUGAAAAAAGUGGGUACAGAAUCCCGUCCCUCUCAGACGCCUCGUCAUAAGGGACCCGAGGCUGAGACUGCUGCCACAGAUGACGUCCAGCAAUCUGAGGGGCAGGUCCAAACCCCAAAGCAAAUGCACUUUAGAAGAGGAGGAAAAAGCCUGAAAAGGAGGUUUCUUUUCCAGGACUCCCGGAUGAGAAGGUCACGACGUUGGCAGCCCAGGUCACCACCACCACCACAGGAUGGCCCAGCUCAGAAGGAGGAACCCCAGGAAGAGACGGAGCCUGAAUCGCAGUCUCAUUCGGAGGAACUUCCCUACCUGUCUACCACAGAGAUGUACCUCUGUCGCUGGCAUCAGCAGCCUGCAUCGCCAUGGCGAGACCCCUCACCUGUGCGUGAGGACACGGUUACAGUCCCUUCCUGGCGGGAGAGUGCCUUAGAGCCUUUGGGGCAGAAAGAGGCGUCGGACAUCCCUGAGUGUCUAGAUGAUAAUGUCUUUCUGAAGAGGCAUUCAAAACUUGAGCUGGAUGAGAAGAGGAGGAAGAGGUGGGAUAUCCAGCGUAUUCGAGAGCAGAGGAUGUUUCAGCGGCUGCAGCAGAGGAUGAACAGAAGGAAGGCCAUUCAGGAGAGCGAACCAGAGCUGCUCUCCUUCUAUCCAGACCCUGAGGAUGUGCAGUCUAUCAUGGUGACACCCUUCCUGCCAGUGGUGGCUUUUGGACGACCUCUUCCCGAUAUGAAACAGCAAAACUUUGACCUGCCCUGGCUGGAUGAGCGUAGUCGAGCAGAGGUGACCAAGAAACGCACGCCUCAUCGGACAUGUCGCAAAUGAAAUCGUCAUUCGUUCACACCGUCCUCUGUGCUGAAGCAAAAUCCUAGCCUUGUUGUCUCAUCUCUCGUACACACCUAUAGUGCUCUUUGGAUCUUCAGAAGUUUUGCUCUGUAAUGUCUGAGACACAAGCUCUCCCAACAACACACCCGUGAUCACAGUGCUGUGUAACACUUCAUACUUCGCAGGUUAGCUUGAGCAGUGUGGACCAAGGCUUCUACCGUAACACAUCAGGAGCUGCGGCUGAAUAUCAGAACUGUACAUGCAAAUGAUGAAAACCAGUUACAGAGGCAUUGUAACAUAAGGCUUUGUUCAAUGGAAACGUGUAAGAUACUUGUAACUAAAGAAUUUAUUUCAAAUAUUAAAACAAGUCAUAUUAUGGAUA